UCUGUCAUCCAUACCGAUCGCGAUACGACGCUCUACGAAUUCAUCGUUCCCUCGUACACGCGAUGUGGAACUACGUGCUGUUCUCGAGCCUGGUGUUAAUCGUCUCGUUACUAUACCAUUGUUAUUUCAACAGCCCGCUCAGCAUUAUCGAGCACCCUAACACGCAUUACGAUUAUAUAAUCGUUGGUGCUGGAACUGCUGGCUGCGUGGUGGCAUUAAGACUUUCCGAGGCUUUAAACGUUACGGUGCUGUUGGUCGAAGCUGGAGGAUAUUUUGGAUGGGUCUCGAGUGUCCCAAUUCUGGCACCGGUCAUGCAAGGGACCGAAGUAGAUUGGUCCUUCUCGACGGAGCCUCAAAUGUUCUCCUCCAGAGGAUUUUGGAAUCACAUACAAAAAGUGCCACAAGGCAAAGGGUUGGGCGGAAGCGGGCAGAUGAACCACCUGGUUCACUCCUUCGGAAGGUCAGAAGACUACAAAGCUUGGCCGAAGGGUUGGUCGCACGCCGAUUUACUUCCGUACUUUAAAAAGGUGUCCGAUAUUAUGAACGUAAUGUCCAGCCCGGAGAAAGAAUAUUUGGCGGAAGCUUUCCUCGUGGCGGAAGAAUCGCUGAAGUUGAAUAAUGUGACUCUACAAAGAGGCUUGUACACGACUAAAAGAGGAUCACGAUGGAGCACGUUCGACGCGCACUUGCAAAAUGCCUGGAACAGAAUAAACUUGCAUAUCUUGACGAACACGUUGGUUUCAAAAAUACUUUUCAAAGAGAACUUAAACGUGGACGGGAUCAAGGUGAUUUACAAAGAUGGAUUGAUGAGAAAGAUCUUCGCUAGGAAAGAGGUGAUUCUUUGCGCCGGUACUAUCAAUACUCCUCAAUUACUUUUACUCUCGGGCAUCGGACCGGCCGAAGAUCUUGACAAAUUUCAGAUACCAGUGGUGAGCAAUGUUUCGGAAGUGGGUAAGAAUCUGUUCGACCAUUUUAUGCUUCCGGUGUACGUUAAUCUCGAGGCAAAAGUGAGCAUAACUUUAGUAAAGCUACAAACUCUUCCCGAAGUGCUCAAUUACUUCAUCUUUGGAAGAGGAUGGUAUGCAACCAAUGGUAUAAUGGCGAUCGGUCGCGUGAAUAACAGUGGACUGAUGCUGUUUGGACUCGGCACUACCGAUGAGAGGAUGCUAAAGCCCUUAUCUAAUUACAGAACUGAGCCUUUUAGAUCGCUCUAUCCAUCCUACAAGAACAACUCUCAAGAAGGUUUCCUCUUCCUUACGUAUUGUUUACAACCAAAAAGUCGUGGCACAGUUACAUUGAGAUCAACCAAGAUUCGUAUUCAACCAAAGAUCGAUCCUGCCUACCUUGAGCAUUACGACGACAUUCUGUGCACCCACGAAGCGAUAAACUUUGCGAUUCGAGUGAUCGAAACGAAACAAUUCCGUGAAUAUGGCGCGAAGGUUCAUUACCCUGAUCUAGAAGAAUGUCGACACUUGCCACAGGACUACAGGGACAUUGAAUACUCUGAAUGUGUAAUGAGAGUCGGUGCCCUUUCGAGUCAUCACGUAGGUGGCACCUGCAAGAUGGGUGUCGAUGAUCAUUCGGUUGUUGAUGAAAAUCUACGUGUGAGAGGCGUAAACGGACUUAGAAUAAUAGAUGCCAGCGUGAUACCGUCUCCCAUUUCCGGUAAUCCAAACUCCGUUCUAAUCGCCAUGGCGGAACGAGCGAGCGAUUUGAUCAUUGGUCGCACAGGCUAGAAAAAUGAAUGAAUCAUAAUUUAAAUAAAAUACAAAUACACAAUUUUGAAAA